AUGCUUAAAGUUGCGAAUCCAGAAAGCAAGACGACAUUGUCGCUCGAUGAAAAUGGGAGGUUCCAAUACUUCUUUGUAUCAUAUGUUGCUUGGAUAAUUAGUUUUCAAGAAAUGAGAAAAGUAAUAGCCGUUGAUGGUACAUUUCUAAGAAGCAAGUAUGGAGGAGUUCUGCUAUCAGCGGUGGCACAAGAUGCCAAGAAUCAUAUAUUUUCAGUGGCUUUAUGUGUCGUGGACAAGGAAUCAAAGACGUACGAUAUAUGUGAGUUCAAUGACCAUUUCAAUCAAAUAAGAGAUUUGGUACCAAAGGCCGCUGAAGCUCUUGAACGUAUUGGAUUUCACACAAGGAGUAGGGCAUUUUGCCUGGGAAAUAUAUAUAACAUUAUGACGUCAAACAUCACAAAAUCGGUGAAUGCUAUAUUUGAUGUUGAAAGAGAAUUUUCUAUUGUCGCUCUAUUUGAUGAAAUAAAUAGGAGAUUUGCAUUGUUAUUUCACCAGAGGCAUAUGAAACUGGUGCACUCCGCAAAUAGAUUUGUUCCUUCACUUGAAAAAGACAUAUCAGAGUAUGUCAACGCGGGCAACAAGUUGUUGGCCCAUCAAAUCGCUAACUACAAGUUCAGUGUCACUGGUCAUGGAGAUGUUGCUACUGUGGAUCUACUAAGAAGAACUUGUACUUGUAGAAUUUUUGAUUUGGCCAAAAUACCUUGUCCACAUGCCAUAGCAGCGAUUCGAUCCCAACAUGGUGAUGAUUUUGGAAAUCAGAUUUACUUGUACUCGUCUCCAUAUUAUUCAGUGAAAAAAUACAUAAUGACAUAUUGUCAGAAAAUUCACCCGGUGCCAAUUGAAGAUUCUUGGAUUGUCCCUUUGGAUAUCACACAGAGAAAAAUACCUCCUCCAUAUGUUGAUCCAAGUAAACCCAGAAGAAGGACAUAUAAGAGACGGCGUGGAGUUGGUAAAUCAUUUCAAACAAAAAAAAUAAGUGUUCAGUAUGUAGGGAUUUUAGCCACAAAAGAACUACAUGUCCAAAUCGAAAUGCCUCAUAAGAAGUGUUAA